AUGUCUGUCAACUACACAGUAGCCGAUUUGAAGCCAAGAAUCUUGGAGAAUAUUGAUAAACUUGAAUAUCCAGCUGCAUACACAUUCUGUCAAAAGGCCUUAGAAUUAGAGCCUCGCAACGCAGAAAUAUUAGAAAUCACUGGCCAGGUCGAGCUGGAGCUUGAACAGUUUGAACUGGCAAGAAAGCACAUGUUGGAAUCUAUCAAACUGGAGCCAGAAGCUAGCUAUAGUAAAUACAUGUAUCUGGGUCAAUUAUCUGUUGAAAAAGAAGCCAUUGCUGCAUUUCAAAAGGGUGUGGAUCUGAUGGUAGCCGAAAGAAACAAAUCAAACGUGGAUUCAGAGGAAGCCAAGAUGCUCGCAUCUAAAAUUUCCAGUGCAUUAUGUUCCAUGACUGAAAUCUAUCUGACUGAUUGCUGUUUUGAACCUGAAGCCGAGCAGAAAUGUGAAGAAUACCUAAGCCAAGCACAACAAGUAGACUCAGAACACGCAGAAUCAUAUCAACUACUAGCAUCUGUCAGAUUAAGUCAACAACGCAACGAAGAGGCAGCAUCUGCCCUAAACAAAUCCAUGGAAUUAUGGAUCCACAAGGAAGCUGGUGACGCUACUAUACCCAUUUACGACACGAGACUUGCUCUGGUCAAAUUACUGCUCGAAGUUGGCAUGUUUGAACAUGCUUUCACAGUUUUGGAGAAUCUACAAAAGGAAAAUGACGAGGUUGUUGAUUUAUGGUAUCUCUAUGGCUGGACCUAUUACUGCUUGGGAGAUGACGAAGAGAGAACACAAGAGGAGAGAAUGGCAUUCUGGGCAGACGCAAGGGAUUGUUUGGAAACUGCUGUCAAGUUGUAUAAUAUUAUUGGAUCUGAUGACGAUGCCAUGUUUGAUCAUUCGAAAGAGCUCAUCCAACUCAUUAAUCAAGUUGUUCCUGUCAGCGUGGAAGAGCCAGAAGAGGAGAUUGAUGAAAAUUUCGAGAUUGAGUCUGACGAUGAAGAUGCAAUGGAAGAGUAA